AUGGAUGGAUGGAGGCGUGUGCUGUCGCGGUGGGAGCGAGCAGAGGAAGGGAGGGCAAUCUUGUCCGGACGCUAAUAAGAACCAAUGGCUGGCGCAAGGUGGCCAGGAGCGCUGAAACGCGACAAAAGACGGUGGACGAAGGAGAGAAGGAAGAAAAAAAAAAGUGUCGGUAGAGGCAUUACUGGAUGGACAGCAGGGAUGAGAGAUUCAUUGGAGCGUCCAGAAAAACCCCAGAGUCAGGCGGCUAUCGGGCUUUAGGUGUGCGUCAGUUUGUGUGUCCAGUCCAGGAGACGGUGUGGGGGAGAGAGAGAGAGAGACACAGAGAGGGAGAGAGAGAAGCGGUAAGUGAGCAGAAAUCCACCAAAACACCUGCGUCAAGACAGGCACCUCUGGAGGAUAUCUAAAGAUGACUCUCAGAUCACAGGAGACGUAGUUCCCGCUGAUACGCACUGAAAUCUUCAAAGAGCCUUUGUAUUUCCACAUUUUCAGUGACCUAACACAUGCCAGACUUCAGCCAAUCAGAUCGCGCCGUCACCAAAACAGUGAAGCACUUGCUUUGUAUUUUAAAACUUUUUUUAAAUUAAGGAGAAACACCGGGAUAUGAAGUAACCUACGUGCCCCGGAACUUUAUUAGUCUCUGGGCUAAAAUAAAUAAAUAAAAAUAAAUAAAUAUCACCUCUAAUGAUCAAUGAUUUGGAAUGGACCAAGAUCUGACUCUCAUUCACUUGCUGUCACACACCUGGAGCUAUCACACCUGGGCUAUUGCCGCACACAUUGCGAGCCACUGACUUCUGGGAGACCCAACCCUCCUCAAUGAAGCAGUUCUGGUGGGCCCACCUGGCACAGCUCACCCUGGUUGCUGUGUGGACUUUUAUAUGGCUGGUCCAGGGAUGCGGACCGGGCCCGCGGUACGGCACCCGUCCCAGGCCCAGAAAGCUCACAGCCAUGCGCCUCAAGCAGUUUUUCCCCAACUUAUCAGAGAACAACCUGGGGGCCAGUGGGAGAGCAGAGGGCAAGAUCGCACGCAAUUCUGAGCGUUUCAACGAACUUGUGUCCAAUUACAACCCAGACAUUGUCUUCAAGGACGAGGAGAACACAGGCGCUGACCGCUUCAUGACUAAGCGAUGUAAGGAGUGCUUGAACAGGCUGGCUAUUGCAGUGAUGAACCAGUGGCCAGGGAUACGCUUGCGUGUGACAGAGGCCUGGGAUGAAGAUGGUAACCAUCCUCCUGGCUCUCUGCACUAUGAAGGCCGGGCUGUGGAUAUAACCACGUCUGAUAGAAGACCUGAAAAGUACGGUCUCCUGGCCCAGCUCGCUGUGGAAGCAGGCUUCGACUGGGUCCACUAUGAGUCCAAACAUCGUGUCCACUGCUCAGUAAAAGCUGAUCAUUCUCUUGCUGUGGAAAAAGGUGGCUGUUUCCCAGGCUGGGCCCGGGUAACUGUGGCUGGAGGGAUGCAGAAGAGCCUGUCGUCACUCACUCCUGGGGACAGAGUCAUGGCCCUAUCUGGGACAGGCCAAGUCGUGUAUAGCCAAGUCCUCUUGUUUCUCCAUCGGGAUCAACAAAGCUGGUCUGCUUUUCUGUCUCUGGAGACAGAACAUGGACAUAGAUUGGCCCUUACUCCGAAUCACUUGGUCUUUUUAGACCCGCACUGCAGACAAGAAAACAGUAAGUACCAGCCUCAGUUUGCAAGCAGGGUCAGACAAGGAGACUGUGUUCUCAUACAUACAGCAGAGCAGCAAGUGCAUGCAUCCCAAAUCAUCUCAGUUUCACUAACGGAAAGCGUGGGAGUGUAUGCACCCUUGACAGACGCUGGAACUUUGUUUGUUGAUGGCGUGCUGGCAUCCAGCUAUGCGCUGGUGGAGGACCACAGGCUUGCGCACUGGGCUUUUGGACCCCUGCGACUUCUCUUCUCAUUCAAGCAGCUACUUUGGGGAGAAACCGCAGAAGAGCAGCAGGAUACUGACAUUCAAAAAAGUUGCACUAAGACUCCAAUGCAUGUUAGCACUUUGCCUACAAAGGACAAGGCAGGUGUGUAUGUGAACAAACAAGUCAACGUGAGUGAUGCCCUGAGGAUGGAAAGUAGAGAGAAGCACUCCUUGCAGCAGGAGACAUCAGAGGUGCACUGGUAUGCUAGACUACUCUACAGUUUUGGGUGCGUUCUUUUAGACUCCGAGUCAUUUCAUCCUUAAGAACCAAAAUCUUUGCACACCUAAUAAGUGCCAUAGCCUACUGCUACGUUUAUACAAUAUGCUAACACUUCCCAUUUAUUCCUUAAAGGAUUGAAAAACACUGGAAAUGCUUGCUAGCUUUUACCCCCUAUUUUUGUAUAAUAAUCUGCCAUAAUGUUAUACAUGCUAACAAAUGUAUAAGAAACUGAACAUAAUGAGACACUUUGAGCAAGUUAAUAUAAAAAUGGUAAUACCAAAACUGUAUCAUAUUUUUGUUUUGGUUUGGUUUUUUGUAUGUAUUUUAUUUCAGCUAUAUAUGUUAAAAAAUACAAUAAAAAAAAAAAAUGAAAUAUAUAUAUAUAUAUAUUCUAAUGAGACAGGAAUGAAAUCCCUGAAGAAUAGAAUCUUUAUUUUUGUACUUUCUGAAUCAUAAUAUAUAUAUAAAUAUAAAUGUUUCAUUUUAUUAUAAUAUCUACUACAUGUGCUGUAUGCCCUUGCUUGUUUUCAUGUCAUAAAUCAAAUUAAAAUUGUACUUUUAUGAAA